UCCUCCUCCUCGAUUCAAGCAGGUUCUAAGCUACAGCAGCGUUACGAGAGUAUAUAAGGAGGUUGGGAAUCCCAGCGUAACAUCCACACACUUGUUCCAUUUCCACUUAUUCUUCUAAGGCAAAAUGAAUGCCCUAUAUAUAUGUGCAAUCGUCGUCGGCCUUUUUGCUACGGUUUCAGCGAAGUCGAUCGUACCACGCUCAAUCGGCAGUAACGCAUACGGCGACGAACCGGCCAUCGCCACAGCCGCACCCCAAUACGAAGGCGAAGCACCUGUAGUGGAGCCAGUCGUUCUACCCGCCGAAGAAGAGCCACAAACCGUUGAGAACGAAAAUCCUGCUGCUGCUGCCGAGGCAGCCGUUGUCGAAUCCGGAUAUCGUUCAAAAAGAGAAGCAGGCGAUAAUGCCUAUGGUGACGAGCCCGUCCCAGUAGUCACCCCAACAUACGGAGCUGCCGCCUUGGGGACCACCUUUGAACCUGUUCCUGAAGAGGAACCAGCAGCAUUAGCGAUGCCUGCCGAGCCGGUCAUUGCUGAGCCGAUCGUGGAAGAGUCCGGAUACCGAGCAUAGGAAAACGCCUGACCUCCCACAAACAGUUCUUUCAUAUGCUUUACUCAUUUGACUGCCAUUGCGAUGUUUUGUUAUCAGCACUGUUUAGUG